AUGUCUUGCCAACGAAUCACAGUUACAAAAAGGGGAGUUGAAUUAUAAGAGUAAUUAAAAGAGGUUUUAAAGAAGAACUAAAAGAUUCUGAAAUUAGAACAAUAACGAGGUAUAUUAAUUUAAUAAUAAUAUUUAGAUAAUUCUGGUGAUCUAUUAAAGAGGUAAAAUAUUGGCAAGGAAUAAUUUGGAGGAUACAUAGAUCUUAUGGAAUAGAGAAUGAAUUCGCCUGGAAAAAUUUAAGUGUUUUUGAAUCAAAGAUUUAGCAACCAACCAAAAUUUAUAUAAAAGGAAGUUGAAAAAGUUAGUUAGAAGAUUUAUAAUUAUGGGAAUUCUUAAUUCAGAUCACAUCAUUCAUUACCAUCUUUAGAUUUUAGAUAAGUCCAACACUUAAAAACUAAAUAUAAUGAUGGAUUUUGGAAUAGUUAGAAUCUCUCAAUGUCUGGAAAUACGUGUAAUAUAUUUGCAUUUGAGUAGUCUACAAGCCUAAAGACGAGGAAGUCAAAACGAGAAAGGUCAAUUACUUAAUGUUUUAAGAAGCAAAAAUAGAAAGAAUGAUCACAAAAUACGAUAAAUUUAAUGAAAAAGCAUAAUUUAUUCCUAGUUUCGAAAAAGGAAAAUAAAAAAACUCGAAUUUAGCCACUGAAUUAUUGAAGGCUAUGGAAAAAAAGGAUACUGUAACAAGAGUGGAAUCCAUUCAAGAAAUCAAUUAAAAACAUGCUUAAAAUCUCGAUUUAAUGGAAUACAACAGUUAAAGAAGAGAAAGAUUUCAUCAAACUAUGACUGAAUUGCAUAAUAAAAAAUAUAAACGUCAUUGGGACAAUCUAAGAGUAGGCAAAUGA